UCCCAUCAGCUGAUUUUGUUCCACGCAAACAGACCUAGUUUUGAUUAAUUAGAAAUAUAUAGAUUUUCUGUAUUGAUGGUUUUGUUGUGGAGGCAAGAAUAUAGAGAACUCGCAAACAUUUACAUUUUAUUGUAGCUUACUAUUCCUACACAUGAAAAUACAUUAUAGUGAGACAAUAGUUGUUUACCUACUGUUUCAGUUUAGAUUUAAGCCAUAAAGCACAUAGAAAGGCAUUGACGCCAUCAAGGAAUGUAAACCUGUUAUUGCAAAUAAAUGAAUGUAAGCUAGUUGAAAUUGAAAGAGUUUCGUAGCAUAUAACAGUUUAAAAAAAAACUAUACCAAAGACACACGUGGGUUAUUGUUAGUGAUCACUUUGGAUAACGUUAUGUCUAUGGCUAAAGUCUGGCCACUCCAUCAUGUCUGGUAUUAGAAGUGCGAGUCCGAUUAAAUGUGGUAGCAAGCGUGGAGAGAACCUUCAUGCGAGUGGUGGAGCUGUGGCGGCGGAGAGCGCGGCGACUACAGAGAGCUGGAAACUAGUGAAUGGCAAUCUGUCGGGGAAGUUCAACGGACCGCUGUCACAGAGCGACACGGCAGCCCAGUUUAAAACCAAGUGGCGCGUCUUCAUGUCUGGGGCGGCUGACCAACUCCGAAAAGAGGACACACAAGUUGAGUCGGACGAGCUACUAAUCACUUGUUACCGGCGCUUCGCUCAUAGUAACAUGCCUGCCAUCAAAAAGGAGAGACUGGAUGGGGACGAUAUGGCAUUGGGUGCCUUUAACCAGUCCGAAUACCUGGCCCCUUUAAAUGCCACGGCUAUCCCUGUGGUGACCCCGCAUCCACCGCCGUACGAGCAUAUUUUCCCCCAUCACCGCGCGUACUUUGGGCUCCACGACUCGACGCUGCAUCACCAGCACCUUCAUCAUCACCCGGACGACUUAAUGCUGGAGAGGUUUUCUUCCAUUCCCGACUUUCAGCCGUUUUUUGACAACGGGGAACCUUGCAUCGAGGUGGAAUGCGGGGAGAACAAAGCUUUACUAUACAUUAACAAACUGUGCCAAGGUAGUAAGGGACCCUCAAUCAAAUACAGGGGCGAGUGGCUCACCCCGAAUGAGUUCCAGUUUGUCAGUGGAAGGGAGACCGCCAAAGAUUGGAAACGAAGUAUAAGACACAAAGGGAAAAGUUUGAAGACUCUUAUGUCCAAAGGAAUCUUACAGGUACAUCCUCCAAUCUGUGAUUGCCCUGGGUGUCGAAUUUCGUCUCCAGUGAACCGUGGGCGUUUGGCAGAGAAGCGCACCAUCCCCCUGCCCCCCAAUCGCGUGCCCAAGAGGGAGCUGGCCUCCGUCUUCAGCAGUGACGACAGCGAGGGUAGUGACCGUGCCAGCGGAGACCAUGCCCACAUCAAGCAGGAGGAGGAGCUGCAUUACAGUAUCAUGAGAAAGAGUCGUGACAGUGACCUAUCUACAAUCAUCUCCAACCUUCACCACACCAGACAGCACGGCAUGCCCGACGGUCAGCCUGACACCGAACUCAGCACCAACACUGGGCACUCAGAUGAUCUUCUAGGCAAGAGGAGAGCAUACUCCCCCAACAGCAGCAGCGAGUGCCUCUCAGACAGCAAGAAGUCGCGCAGCGUUUCCCCCAAAGAGAACUCCCACACCCCUGUGCUGGAGGGGGGCAGCCUCAUCCACAUGACCCCAGAGGAGCACUACAGACGGAUGAUGUCAGCGCUGAAUGAACAGGGUUCUUACGAGGAGCAGCAGCAGCGGCUCUACCAGCUGGCUAACAACAUGGGUCUCCCUCACCAUGAUCUACUGAGGAUGCGUCAGGAUGCCCUAGCAGCGGUGAGGAACGCCGGGGGUUUGGAGGCCCAUCUCCCCUCAGCGGGAAGCUCAUCCAGCCAGAGACGCAAGCAGGGCUUGCCCCAGCAUCGAGAUGCUCACUAUACAGAGAGGGAGAUGUCCCAUCCUCCACCUCUUCUGUCCCCCCAGAAUGCCCCUCACAUAGCGUUGGGGCCACACCUACGGCCACCUUUCUUGGGCCUGCCCUCGGCCCUGUGCCAGACCCCUGGCUAUGGCUUCCUCCAGCCUGCUCAAGCUGAGAUGUUUGCCCGGCAACAGGAGAUGCUACGGAAGCAGAACCUAGCCAGGUUGGAGAUGUCAGCAGAACUGCUCAGACACAAGGAGCUGGAGAGCCUCCAACGGCAGCAGCAGCGUGUGUUAGGGGCCUCGGACCCCCUCAGUCUUCCCCUCGGCCUUCCCCCCGACCACCCCGCCCUGCGCAGUCUCCACCAUCUGCCCGAGGGACACCCACUCCACGAGGAGUUCAGCCGACGCCAAAACGCCAUGCUGGUGCUCCGACACACCAACACCCCCCUACUCUCCCUCAACCUCCAGGGGCCCUCAGGGGCCACACUCCCAAAAGACACCCAGGCACAAGGCUCCGGGAAUGGGUCUGGAUCCAGAAAGGGCUCCCGGAAAGGCCCUCAGCAGCCCAGAGGGGGAGAGCAUCCGGAGAAGGAGGGCCGAGGGAGGGACGGCGACGCGGCCGGACACGACAACGACAUGAAAGACUCAGACAGCGAGACGGAGAUGGGGGAGGACAGGGCCGAGGGUUCAGGGGGCAAGGCCUACGACAGGUACAGGCAUCACAGGGACAGGGGGGCAGAGAGCGCUGAGAAGGGGGGAGGGGAGCCUGCCAAGGAAGCGGCCGAGAUCUCAGGUAGGCUCAGUGCCCCCUGUAGUUCUGCGGGCACAGAUUCCCCACCCUGCCACUACCUCUUUGGCCCAGGGCUGGGCAAGAGCGAUGUCAAGUAUCACUUUUCCCCCAGUGCCAUGCCUCCACUGCCAGGACUCCACGGACCAUCGCUGCCAUUUGGAUUCCCCUAUACAAGUCCCUACUUCCACACCGGUGGUGUGGGAGGUCUGUUCAUGGACGACGAUGACUCAGCGGCACCCCCGGUGGAGGACAUCAGCAAGUGGAGCGUGGAGGACGUGUGCGGCUUCGUGGGCGGCCUGGCCGGCUGCGCCGAGUACACCCAGGUGUUUCGGGAGCAGGCCAUCGACGGCGACACCCUCCCGCUGCUCACAGAGGAGCACCUGCUCAACACCAUGGGACUGAAGCUGGGCCCGGCCCUGAAGAUACGCUCCCAGGUGGCCCGACGUGUUGGCAGACUCUUCUACAUGACCAGCUUCCCGCUGGCGCUCCCUCUGCCGCCAUCUGGCCUGCGCCCCACGGACAGGGACCCCGUGCUGCCCGACGCCUCCUCGGGGGUCCCAGUGCGACCGCCUUCAGCCGCCAGCAGUAGCUCAUCUCCCUACAGAGCCCCUCAGGCCCCCUGUCGCACCUCCCCGAAGCAGGAGAACAGCAACAACUCUGCGUCGGGGUCACAAAACUCCCUCCUAGAAUCCAAGCAGCUGAACAAGGACCCAGGGUUGAAUAGGAGGAGGAGGGAGGGAGAGGAGGCGCUGAGAAACCCCGUCUGACGGACACUGAAUCCACGCCCUUUGGGUUUGGGGAGUAAACUGUACAAAAAUGAAAACAUUUAAAAAAGGGAAAGAAAAACUAACAAAAGACAAUGAACUAAACUGACUAAUCAAAACAGUCCAAUCAGUCCCAGUGGGGCUGUUGCAAAGCAGAAUCCAAAGAGGGGAAAAAGGGCUGGAGGGAUGGAUCUGAUGAAGCAACAGAGAGACAACACGAAACAGAUAGACCGAGGGAGGGAGCAGAAUGCUGGUCUCAGACAGCUUGCCAAAAAAUGCGAAACCCCACAACGACGUCAUUCUUUUGAGUCAGACAGACAGACGCUACAGGAAACUCUUCCUUCCUGGGCUGAAGAAGGGAGCCCCUCUCUCUCUCUCUCUCUCUGUCUUCUCCCACAGUCAACAGCGCCCAGCACUUUUCUCUCGCUCUCCUUUCUCCCCCUCAUUUUUUCACACUCUCAGGAGUCUAUAAAGCUCAGAGGAUUCUGGAAGCUGGAGCGAAAGCGUACGCUAAAAAAGAACUCCAAACUCCCUUCAUUGUCGCAACUAUGCAUUCCACAGUCCAAAACCAAAGAUGACCGGAUUUGUGGAAUCGGAAAUAUGUUUAUUUUUUAUUUUAUUUUGCUUGACUAGUCUUAGGGAGGUGUGAUACAGAAAGAAGAACAGUGGUCCCAGUACCUCAUGAUUAUCUUUAAGAGACAUGGGGGGUGACACAAGGGGGACUUCUUUAUACACCAACAAAGGUACACACCACAGUUAUGCCCAUUAGCCGACUAGCCAGAGUUUAUUCUCAGAUACGCCCUGAUUAAUGGGGCCAGAGGUUACUGAUAUGGGGCAGUGAUGAAACAUUGGCUUUGGCUCAUAGGGCUAAUGUCAUUGUAUAAUUGUGUUAACUACUGUGGGAGAUGCAAACAAGUCGAAUUGUACAGAAUCAUGCUUAAGAUGAAAAUAUCCUGAAGGUUACAUACUUGGUACUUUUUGUUGUUAAAUGUCAUUGCACGAAUAACAUUUUCUUUAUGACUGAACAAAUUGUAACUUGCUAUCUUUUGGUGGUACUUUUGUUCCAAACUUUUUAGUUUUUUAUUUCAAAUUGUAUAUUGAAAGAAGCCCCAAUCUUGAAUGCUACUUCAGCAUAUAAAUGAGGAAAUAAUAUUUAUAGGACUUUUCAUGUAGUUAAACUGAUGAACAAUAUGUAUAAUACUUAGUCCUCGCAAUGGAUCCCAAAGAACAUUCAUGUUUUCUCUUGGUUGCAGGGAAAUGGAAGGCACAAAGCUCUUAAUAAUACAAAUCUUUGAAUUUGUUAUGGAUUUUUUUAUGUGUAAACAAUUAAUUAAAAUGGUCUAGAUUUCCCAUCAAUGUUUGGUUUUGAUCCUAUUUUUCUAUUCGCCACCUGGUGAAAUAAAUCCUACUGAAACUCA